AUGAUGUCAACGGUUUCUAUCACUCCCGGGGAUAUUAAUACAACCAAUCUGCUAGUAACCACUUCCAAAACGAUUCAAGAGAUUGCGAAAACCCUACGACUUCGUGAAAACGAUGGAGAUCUCAAGGUCUUUUAUGCCGAUUUGACGGCGUACUGUGCCAUGAUACGUGAUCACGCAAAUCGCAUUCACAGAGCUGGUAUUAGAAUUGCCGAUAAGUAUCUGGACCGAAUCUUAGCUCAUCUUGGCUCAGUGUUGUCAUCUCAUAAACUGCUAAGGCAAUAUACUUGCGGAACCUCAUCUUACAUGAAGCUACUCACAUUCAAUCAGAGCUGGGAGCAAAUACGGAAAACUGAUGACGGCAAAAAACUCCAAUUCAUUAAGAAUUCUUUGAAUUUCGGUACCUCUACAAUUGAGCGCAAUGAAUUUAUUGAGGCACUGGCAUUGUGGGAAGAGGACUUCCGAGGACAAUACCCCGAUGAUCCUUCACAAUGGACAGCCGAGGACUUCGCCCCUCAGAGAAAUAUCAGCGAACCAUCCUAUGCUGUCUGGAGUGCCGCCAAGUCAAUCUUCAAAGCACUUGUGGCAUGUAAGGACUGCCCAUGUUCACCUGCGCAUGAUUUCGGGGCUAGGCUCUCUUUGGGUACCUAUCGAAAACCUGUUUCAGACGAUGACACUGAGGAAGAUGUCGACUUUGACAUGUUCCUGUCUAUGAAGCAGGACUGGCAAGAAGCCCGAGUUCAUACUAUGAAAGAGACAGUCGUCCAAUGGGCGGUCGAUGACGAGGCACAUAACCCCCAAACCAAGAGGAAAAAAUCACAGACCCAAGCGAUGAAGGUAAAACGGUUAUGCGAACCGAUCGUAAAGAUCAAGAAGGCACAUCGAUUAGAAUUUAAAGUUACGCGAGGCCAUUUAUACAAGUUACAAUCGGAGAGGAGCCAAUUCUUAGCCGACAAGACGAAAGACGCCGUAACCCUCGAACAAUUCCUCAGGGGUGGGUCACGUUCAUUCACCGAGAGGACAAGACGAAUCCUUGCCGUACUUCUUAGUUACGCAGUUCUUCAUCUCCACGACACGCCGUGGCUUAAACCAACCUGGAAUUCCUCAGAUAUCAUCUUCUUUCGUACCGCUACUUCCGCAAUACCUUUAAGACCUUUCAUUCAAACCCGGCUCUCAGAUCUAGAACCAAGUUCAAGCCUCGUCGACUACUGCGUCAAUAGCAAUAUGGGAUGCGAACAAGAAGAUUACGAAUGCAGUGACAUAGACCCAGAUGAUAUCGACCCCGACGAUCUAGUACAACAUCAAUGCCCAAGCCUUGUCACAUUAGCGGCAAUGCUUAUGGAGGUUUAUUUCGUGACUCCAUUCGAGAUGCUAGCUAAGAAGUACGGCGUCGAGUUAGAAGAUGCACCAUCGAGCCGUACAACGUAUUUAGACGUAGAUAUGGUAUUUCGCGCCUGUAGAGACGAAAUCCCCGAGAAUUUUCAGUUUCAUUCCGCCGUGGAGAGGUGUCUGGAUCCGACAACGUGGGAAGACGAAGAGGGAAACAGAUUAGACGAUAAGAUUUUAAGAACCAGGAUAUAUCAGGAGGUAGUACGACCACUCGAGAAUGAAUUAAUACAAGCCUAUAGCUCAAUAUCUAUUGAUGAUCUUGACCGGUUUGCGCAGACAUUGGAUUUUGGAAGCUGGGAUCAGACAAUCUCGGAUCUGAGCGAGCAAACCCAACCAACUCGCGCAUUGAGCCCAAGCGAGACUAUAGAUAGCCUCUAUUCGUUCAGCCCGUCACCCGAACCGUCGCUGCAACACUACACUCACUAUCUCAAUCCUCUUACAAAUUUCCAGCAUCAAAAUGCAUUGCUAUGGGCUCAUAAACUUGGUUCUUACUCCCACCUCACACAGAGUCUAUCUCUAUCCUCUUUGACGGAUCAGGAUGUCUAUUACAAGGAAUCGAGGUUCUUUGACGACGAGACUGUUUCGGAGGCGCACUCUCCCGAAGCAUGUUCAAACUACCUGAACUGGAAGUACAGGUACCAAGCAGUUUACAACAAGUUCAUUACACCUUUCGCUUCGUCGUUGGAAUUUCCGCCCGUUAAAAUUGCGAUUCUCGACACGGGCAUUGACCUCACUCACCCGGACGUAGAAGCUCGCAGCAAUAAUAUCAAAGGCAAGUACAACUGGCUUAAUGAGAAUUUCAAGAAUAGAGUCCAUGAUCGCAAUGGACAUGGCACAUUUGGUUUUGGCCUACUUCUUGAUUAUGCGCCUGAUGCUCAAUUGUACGUAGCAAAGAUUGCGGAGGAUAAGCCGUCUAACCCUAGGGUUAUCGCAAAGGCCAUUAAUCUUGCCGUCGAUACAUGGAAAGUCGAUGUCAUCUCCAUGUCUUUCGGAUUCCCUACCUGCGAUAUCGACGGUUAUGAUGAGCUCGAACUAGCUAUUAUGAAUGCAUACUCAAAACAUGUACUUAUUUUUGCUGCUGCUUCGAACAGCGGUGGCCAACGAGGUAGAGCGUAUCCCGCGCGAGAACAAAAUGUGAUUUGUAUUAAUUCUACAGAUGCAAAUGGUAAUAGGUCUGGGUUCAGUCCUACUGCAGUUCCUGAUGAUAUCAACUUAGCAACAGUGGGGGAGGCUGUAGAGUCGGCAUGGCCGGUUCAUCUCUGCGACGACGAUUCAAAUCCCUCUUGUAUUAAAUACAAGUCCGGGACAUCAUACGCGACACCGAUAGCCGCCGGCAUCGCUGCAUUUAUCUUACAAUACGCGCGGCUGCAUUUGCCAGAGAAGGCAGAUAUGCUGAAACGGCAAAAACGUAUGAAAACUGUACUUCAACGCGUUGCAGAGAAAGGUCCAUCUUACAAGGCUCGAGAUGGGUACCAUUUUAUUGAUCUUAGCUUGUAUGCUGACAGUCUGUUUGGUAAGGAUAAGAAGUUUAUUGACCUUACGAUUGGAGAUCUUUUGAUCAGUUGA